GAGUUACUAAAGGGUUGAUUCUCUUCAAGGCAUCGACGACGUCGCAUCGUAACACACACAACAGGUCUACGUGUAUUUUUGACGUUCCAUGGGUCAGACCAGUCAUACUACGUGAAUAGGUUCGAACUUUCUCUUGCGGCGGCUAGGGAAUAUUAGAUUCGCAAUCAUGCCAAGCAAGCUUGUUUCAUACUAGUACACUGAUCACAAGCCCAAGAUUGAUCAUGUGCGGCGUACAGUGGGCGCAAACAGUGAUCGUCGCAUCCCUCUAUAUAGGGUGCUCUUUUGAGUCUUAUCGAUCAAGCGCUCUCUUGCUUUUUCACUUUCCAUCACUCCUGCAACUCACCAAUGUCUACCUCGCGAAAUGCGCCAGCUGGUACACGUCAGGCAUACCCUUUUCGCCCUCCCAGAGUAACAGAGUCCUCACAACCUGACAACUCCUUCAUCCUCAAAGACCUUGGGGACAAGGUAGCCAAGUUUAAACGGAGCACGGCUACUCUUAGUCCUGUGGAAAUUACAAACGUCAAGCCCAUCGCUUCAUACUCGUGGAUCGAGGCUGCAACCCCAACAAUUGCUGUCCCUGGUUCUCCCAGAGUCUGGUUCACAGGCCCCCAGCGCGUCCCAGCUGACUCUGGAACACGCUUUGUGGAUCAAAAUGCAUUCUACAUGCGAAAAAUGUCUCCCCUCAUUCCCCUAUUCGCAGCCAUCGAUGACAUGAAUCCUAGUUUCAACUUCAAGCAGUUCGACUUCAUCACAGACCGCAAUAACCUUCGCAAGCUUCUCCGCUGGGCUAGUGGCUCACCGGAUGAGAAAGACUUUCGUAUCGAUAUCGAUGUAGCGGGUACAACGUGCUUGUUCACACGCCUUGAGGCACAGAACACGGACACCGUACAAGGCUUUAUGGGGUAUGCUCAUGAGUACGAGAAAGCGGCCACGAGAGUCACUCGCGGCUGCGAGAGAGCUACUGGUCAUCACCGGAUGAUUUCCAUUGACAUUGGUGAACUGAAGGUCCUCCUUCGUUUCACGAUUGAGGCAUGCACUUCUUCCACCAAUGACACGAACGACGAGGACGACCUCCUAGCAGCUUUCUCAGGCCUGGGUAUUGGCGGAGCGUCUGUCUCUAGCAGCCGGGACACUAAGAAGCCUCAAGCCACGGUGCCAACCGUUCGUGGCGUGACGAUCAGACAAACAACUCCACGGAAAGUUGUCCCACAAUCCUCUCUCAUCGAGCUCAAAACACGCGCUGCCCGCCGAGAGAUCGACUGGGCAGAAGUAUAUCCACAGCUCUAUCUUUCUCAGACAGCAUUCCUGUAUAUCGCGAAGCACGAACGCGGCAGCUUCAACACCCUGGAAAAAGUAGAGCUUGGCUCGGAGAGCAUGCAAACUCAUGCCCGCCGUACUCAGCAGGGUGUCGCGAAGUUGAAACUCGUGCUUCAGGAUAUUUUGGAUGCUGUGAAAAAGGAAGAUGUGGGGGUAGGCUUGAGUUUGGUGGCAAAGGAUGGCAAGUUGGCAUUGUACAAGCGCCAUGAGGGGACUGGAAAAGGUCCGGGAAAAGAUAUCACAGACAAAUUCAAUUGAUGUGGGAUUACUAUCCUGGUAAGUAUCAAGUGGUACCAGAGCGACCCUUCGACAACUCGCGGUGUAGGAUAUGGCUGAAGUGAUACUUUGGUAUUGUGAUCGAAUUUGAAAGACGUACUUUUUGCUGCACACAGGAUUGAUGCAAUGUCAGGGAUUUGAUCA